AUGAUAUAUUUAUUAUAUCCUAAUUUUCAAAAAAAUAAUUAUAUUAUUUCUAAUUUAUAUUUAAUAUUAAUAUUUGAAAUUUUAUAUAAUUUAAAAUAUUAUAUAAUUAUUUUAAAUAAUUUAAAUAAUAAUGAUGUAUUUAAUAUAAUUUAUUUUAAUAUUAUUACUAUAAUAACUAAUAUAAAUAUAAAUUCUAUAGAUACUAUUCAAAAUAUUAAUAAUUUAUUAAAAAUAAUUUUAAGUUUAAAAUUAAAUUUUAAGUAUUUAAAUAAACAAUUAAAAUUAAAUAUAAUAUUAUUUAUGUUACCAUUAAUAAUAAAUAAUAAUAUUAUAUUAAAUGGAUUAUUUAAAACUUGUAUUCAAUUGUUUAAAAAAAAUAAUAAAAUUUUUAUUAUAAAAUAUAAAAAAAAUAAUAAAAAUAUAUUUUAUAUUUAUAUAUAUUUAAAUAUAUAUUUAAAAAUAAUUUUAGAAUUUAAAAAUAAUUUAGAAAUAUAUUUUUAUUUUAAUAAUUUUAAAUUUAAUUUUAUUAUUUUAUUAUUAUAUUUAAAUAAUAUAUUUAUAAAUAAAAAAAUUUUUAUAUUUAUUAAAAAUUAUUUUAUUUUAAAAAAGAUAAUUAUAUAUAAUUAUUUAAAAUUUAUAUAUAAUAAUAUUAAUAGUAAAAAAAUUAUUUUAUUAAAAUUAUUUAUAAUAAAAAUAUAUAAUAUAAAUAAUAAUUAUAUUUAUAAUAAAAUAUUUAUAAAUAUAUUUAAAAUAUUAUUUUCUAUUAAAAUAAAUUAUACUUAUUAUAUUAAUUAUAUUAUUAAUAAUAUUUAUAAUAAAAAAUUUUAUUCUAUAAUAGAUAUUUUAUCUACUCAAUGUAAAAAUUAUUUAAUAAUUUUACAAAAUCAAUUAUUAAAUUUUAAAAAUAAUUUAAAUAUAAAAUUAUUAUUAAAAAAUAAAAAAUAUAUUAAUAUUAUAUUAGAAAAAAUAAAUAUAAAUCCUUUAAUACAAUAUUCAGAUCAAAUAAAUAAUUUGUCUGAAAUAAAUCAAAAAUUUAAAAUAAAUAUGAUUACAACAAGUUUAAAUUCAAAAUUUAUUUUAAAUAAUGAUAUAAGAGAAUUAUCUAGAAAUAUAUUAGGAUAUAUUAGUUUAAUAAAUACAAAUGAAGGGUUAACUUGUGGUUUAGUUAAUUAUUUAACUACAAAUGUUUUUUUAAAUUUAAAUUUUAAAUUUAUAUUAUAUUAUAAAUAUUUAUUUUAUAAUAAAUAUAAUUAUAAAUUAAUAUUAGAUAUAUUUAAUAAAAAUUUUUAUAAUAUACAAUUUAAUAAUAUAUAUUUAAAAAAAAAUAAAAAUUUUAAUAAAACAAUUAUUUUGACUAUACAUAAAAAUACAUUUAAAAUAAACAAUAUUAUAAAAAAUUCUAUAUAUAUACCAUUUAAUUAUUUAUUAUCAUUUAUAGAAAAUUUAAUUCCUUUUAUACAUUAUAACGAUUCAACUAGAAAUUUAAUGAGUAUAAAAAUGCAUACUCAAAUAGUACCUAUAUUAUACCCUAAUUUAAGUAAUAUAAUUACUAAUUAUAAUUAUAUUAUUAAUAAAUAUUUAAAUUAUUUAAUUAUUUCAUAUCAAGAGGGUAUAAUAUUAUAUGUUUCUAAUAUAAAAAUAAUAAUUAGAGAUAUUUUUAAUAGAAAAAUUAUAUAUUAUUUAACUAAUUAUAAAAAAUUUAAUCAAAAUAUUUUAUUAAUUUAUAAACCUAUUGUAUGGGUAGGUGAAAAAAUAAAUAUUGGUCAAAUAUUAGCUGUAAAUUCUAAUUUAUUAUAUAGUGAAUAUAGUUUAGGUAAUAAUUUAUUAGUAGGUUAUGGUUCUUAUUUAGGAUAUGAAUAUGAAGAUGCUGUUAUUAUAAAUAAAAAAAUUUUAUAUAAUAAUUUAUAUACUUCAUUACAUUUUAAUAUAUAUGAAAUAUCUUUAAAUAUAAUUAAUAAUAUUCCUGAAAUAUGUAGUAUUAAUUUAUCUAAAAUGUAUUAUAAAAAUAAAAAAUAUUUAGAUAAAUAUGGUAUUAUAAAAGAAGGAACAUUUAUUUCAAUUAAUAGUAUUUUAGUAUCUAAAUUAAUAUUAAUACCUUUUAUUUUUAAUAAUAAAAAUUUAGUUAAUAUUAUUAAUUUUUUAUUUGGAAAUAAAUUAAGAAUUUUUAAAAAUAAACCUAUAAUUUCUACAAUAUAUGAUAUAGGUAGAGUUAUUAAAAUAGAAAUUAUUCCAUAUUUUUUAUAUAAAAAAUUAAAAAAUAUUAAUUCUUAUUUAAAAAUUAGAAUAUAUAUAGGUAUACAAAAAUAUUUACAAUUAGGUGAUAAAAUUUGUAAUAGACAUGGUCAUAAAGGAGUUAUUUCUUAUAUAAAUGAAAUUAAUGAUAUGCCUUAUUUAAAUAAUAAAAUACAACCAGAUUUAUUUAUUAGUUCUAUUGGAAUUCCAUCAAGAAUUAAUAUAGGACAAUUAUUUGAAGGUAUUUAUGGAUUAAAUAGUUUAUAUACUAAUUAUAGAUAUAUUAUUUCAAAUAAUUUAAAUAAAAAUUAUUAUAAUAAUUAUAUGAAUAUUUUCAAUUAUUAUAAAUAUAAUUAUACUAAUAAUUUUAAUAUAAUUAAGCAAUCUUAUAAUUAUAAUAAAUAUUUUUUAAAAAAUCCUUUUACAGGUCAUUUAAUAAAUAAUAGUAUUUGUUUAAAUAAUAUUUAUUAUUAUAAAUUAAUACACAUGAUUAAAGAUAAAUUUAGAUAUAGAUUUAUAGGAUUAUAUUCAGAAUUAACUCAACAACCUAUAAAAGGAAAUACUAAACAAGGUGGACAAAGAUUUGGUGAAAUGGAAGUUUGGGCUUUAGAAGCUUUUGGUUCUUCAUUUUUAUUUAAAGAAUUUUUUACAUAUAAAUCUGAUGAUAUUAAAAGUAGAAAAAUGUUAAAAAAUUAUUUAUUUAAUAAUAAUAAAAUAAAAACUACAUAUAUAUCAGAAACUUUUAAAUUAAUUUUAAAAGAAUUACAAAGUUUAGCUAUUAAUAUAGAAACAUUUUGUAUAUUUAAUUCUAAUAAUAUAUUAGAAAAUAUACCUAUUAAUAUAAUAUAUUAA